UCCACCUUGUCCUCCUGGAUUCUUCUGUGAUAAUCCUGCAAUGGCAGAACUCACUGACGCACUCCCAUGUCAGGCUGGGUAUGUGUGCUUGGGUGGCAGUUCCAGUCCCAGUCCAGCUGAUGGUUCCCAUGGUUACCCCUGCCCUCCUGGCUAUAGCUGUCCAGUUGGCUCGGCAAGUGAGGUGCCCUGUGAACCAGGCACUUACAGUCCUGCCCCUGGAGCACACAAUUGCACAGUGUGCCUGAAAGGAACCAUGUGUCCCUCCACAGCUACUAAGGAACUCUCUACCUGCCCAGCUGGUUAUUUUUGCCCUGCUGGUACAGCCCAGCCUCAGCCGUGUCCUUCAGGGACUUUCAGUAACCAAACAAGUGCCUACUCUCACUCUGUCUGCACACCAUGUCCUUCUGGUUUGUACUGCAGCUCAUAUGGAGCCUCAGCACCUCAAGGUCAGUGUUUGCAGGGUUACAUCUGUCAAGGUGGAGCUACAGAGCCAAUACCCAAGGCCUCUGAUAAUUUUCCUGGGAAUGGUCCUUGUCCCGUCGGCCACUUCUGUCCAGCAGGGUGCCUCUCCCCAGUUCCAUGUCCUCUUGGCAGCAUUCGCAACACUACUGGGGGUGUGUCCAUGGAGAGCUGCUUUGCUUGUCCUGCUGGUCAUUAUUGCUCUGUUGAGGGUCUGGCCAGUCCCACUGGCCCAUGUGCCGCUGGAUUCUACUGCCCUUUUGACUUCUCUUCAACUACUCCACUUGCCUUCCUCUGUCCCAAGGGUCACUUCUGUCCAGAGGGAUCUGCCCUGGCCAUGCCUUGCCCAACAGGACAGUACCAGCCUAAUCCAGGCUCAGAGACUUGCAUCCCUUGUCGACCUGGAUACUACUGUGAGGAAACCAUUGUGGGAGAUCCAUGGCCCUGCCCACCACACUCCUUCUGUCCUGCAGGGACAAUGGUGCCUCAGCCCUGCCCUAAUGGGACAUACACCCAUCCAAGCCAGGGAGGACUACAAGAUGAGAGCGAGUGUUUGCCAUGCCCUCCGGGAAAGUUUUGCAGGGUUGGUAAGAUCCAGGGUGUUUGUGCUGCAGGGUAUCUUUGUGUUUCUGGGAGUGCAGAUUUUACCCCUCAGGGACCAGUUUUGAACUUGACCUUUUGCCAUUGGGGUGUGCAAUGUGCUGGACCGUGUCCACCAGGAUUUUAUUGUCCUGAGGGCACAGAACUGGCUCAAAUGUGUCCUGCAAAUACAGUCAGAAGCUCCUCGGGAGGUAUGAGCCUACAGGAUUGCUUGCCCUGCCCACCACAGUACUGGUGUAAACCUGGAGACCCAGCUAUUCACCUAUGUCCUGCUGGUCAUUACUGUGAUGGUCUGCCUGGCAGUGAUUUCAAUGGGGGAACAGGACCAAGGCCGUGUCCUCUAUACACUUAUCGAGCUUCCCCUGGAGCACACAGCAAGGGUGACUGCCUACCCUGCCCUCCUGGCUCACACUGUAACAGCACAGGGCUUACAGACUACUCCAGCACUCCAUGCCCACCUGGCUUUUGGUGCAGUGGGUCUGGACCCCCUAUCUUCUGCCCAGCAGGCACCAAGAGACAGCUUCCUGGUGCUGCUGCACCCAACCAAUGUGAACCCUGUCCAGGAGGAACCUUCUGCCCAGACGCUCACAUAACAGGAAAGCCCAAUGUCGAAGGGAUACCCUGCAGGGCCUCUUAUCAAUGUCCUGCUGGUGCAGUUUCAGAAAUGCUGUGUAGAGCAGGCUCAUACUGUGGACCUCAGACUGCUGAGCCUCAAGUCUGUCCAAAGGGAUUUUUUUGCCCUCAGGGAUCCCAUUCCUAUAACAACCCCAAACAACUAUGUCCAUUUCCCUAUUACUGCCCAGUAAACAGCUCCACCAUGAAGUCCUGUGAAGGAGGUUUGAUGCCUGUCAACACAAGUGGGCUAAGAGGAUCCAGAGAUAGCUGCUGUAGUCUGUGUGAAGGGGGCACCUAUCGUCAGUACCUGUCUCCCAUUCUGCAAUGCCUUCCAUGUCCACCAGGAUACUACUGUCCUCCAGGCACAAACAACUACAAGACAAACCCUUGCCCUCUUGGCUUUGUUUGUCCCUUGGUGUCCACUCAGCCGAUACCCUGCCCACCUGGCACCUUUGGUAACCUCACUCAUGCUGAGAACAUGGAUGAUUGUUACCCAUGUCCAGCUAACACCUUCAACCAUCUGCCAGGUCAGAAGGCCUGCUUUCCCUGUGGUAGUUCCUCCACCUCACCAGCUGGUUCUUCCUCUUGCACAUGCAUUGGUAAGAAUCGAGCUUUCCAGUAUUCUGAUGGAUCAUGUUUGUGCAGAACAGGGUUUAUCUUCUACAAUGAGCUGGAUUUCAAAAGCUCCAUAUCAGAUAGUGAACUGGACUGUCAGCCUGAGGUGAACAGACGGUGUGCUUCAGGAGAGGUACGUUUAGCAGCAUCCAGAGACUGUGUGUCACCAUCCCUCUACUCCUGUAAUAUCACCUGUGGACCACACGGAGGAACUCUGGAUGUGGAGAUGGGCAUCUGCCAGUGCGAGCAAUAUGUGUCUGCAGAGGAGCUUUGUAAUACUUCCUGCCUAUCCAGACUACCUCAUCUCUCUGCCCAGCUUAUGCCAGAUGGAAACCUGUUGCUCAGCCUCAAAGAAAGAGACAGCAUGGUCUGGUCUAAGACAGUAACAAAUGUUUUAGGCCCAGAUAUACACACAAAGACCUCUGGAAAAAUACAUUUGGUCCAGUUUGACUCUGAAGGACUGUUUGGUUGGAUUCCCCGACAAAAGGACCUUGUCGAGCAGUUUCUGUCAGAACCAAUAGAAAUCCUGAACACAAGAUCCAGGAACAGGAGAUUUACAAAAGACAAUGAUGUUCUGACCAUCCUCCCUAGAAUCCUGAAUCCCAUUGUCUGUCUUUCCUCUGGUGACAUGCUCAUUUUUCAUCUUACCAUCAACCACACUGAUCGCCAUCUCAGCCAUUUUCCAGUUUACCAGAAAGACCACCUGUUUAAUAGUAACCCCAGCUGGGACUUUGGUGCCUUCAGACAUCUGCAGAUACUCAUGAAGCAAACAAACAUCAACUCUUCCAGGUUUGCCCAUGUUUUCUCAGAAACCGGCAAGUAUGUGUUUGUGGACAGUGCUGUCCCUGAGUGGAGUAUGGUGGUGGUGGUCAGUGAGGAGGGAACGGAGUGUGACCCCAGAGCUGCUGCAUUUCAACCAAUGACUCCAGCACACUUGGUAAAGUAUGGCAUCAUCAAGAAGCACCGACUUAACCUUCUACCAGACUGGGAAGUGAUUGUCGGGAUCCUUUGUCUGCUGUUGGUCGUGGUAAUUGUUCUUACCACCACUGUGCUAGUCUUGCGACCCAGCAAAGCAAAGCUUGUCCCACAGUGGAAGACAAAGCCAAAGUGGCGCAGCCUCGGGGAGCCCUUCUGUCCGACAGAGUGUGUUUGCAGCAGAGAAAGCAUUGUUAUGCAAAGCCAAAGUGGCAUUCUUGGCACUAGAGGUGUAGGAGAAGGAGCAGAAGCAGAGGAGCCUGCUGUAUCAAGGGGGGGGAGAGUGUCAGGGUGCUGUGAUCUGGAGGAGUUCAAUGUGAAGACACUGUAUGACAAGCUAGAGGACCAGAACCUCCAUAUUGCCUCUCAGCUGGCUCGACACCGCAAAGACAUCCAGGAAUUUUAUAGAAAUAUCUGUCAACAGACCGAAUCAAUCAAGAAUGUCUUUGAAAAUAUGGACGGUAAAAAACUGAGUCUUCUUAAGGAGAUUCUUAUCCAUAAUGCAAUGAAGGAUAAACUGCCUCACAGUUAUGUAGGGGAAGGAGACAGACAAGCUGCAGCCUCUAUUUCAUUACUGGGAACUGUUCUUAGAUCAGUGGAAGCUCUGCUGUGCAGACUGACAGCAGAAACAUGGCAGAACCAGGAUUUGCCUGGUCUCUCAUACUCUCAUGCUGGUCCUCAUGAUACCAGAGAGUGUGAGCCUCAAGCUGGAUACAUGCAGCCCAGUGACACCAACAUGUGUUUUACUCAGUUUUCAUCCAUGACUAUGACCAAAACAGGCCAUUUGCCACAUGAGGAAGAUCAAAUACAGAGUACAGCUCCAUGUCUCAAUGAUCAUGACCUAGCCAAGCUGGUCACCAUGUCUCCUUUAUUCAAAACCCUGCAAGAGAUUCAGGAGUCCUUACAAAAUCUCACCCCAGAUGAGCCAUGUCAGCAUCUUCACAAUGCUGCUAUGGAGCAUUGUGUCCAGAAGAACCAAAAUGGGCAGCUUAUCCCGACUGCACUAGACAACCUCUCGCCCCAACACUCUGCAGUUUUCCUGUUUGGUUGUCAGGUGAUGCAGCUGCUGGCAAACUGCCCAACGUUCCCUUCUGUGCUUCUGUUAUUGGCCAAGUCAAUCCCCGUUUCCUCAACUCCUUCAAAUGAGAAUUUGCUGCUAAAUUGUUCUGGAGAGUUCUACUUUGAUGUGACCAAUCAAAUCCUUUAUUUAUCAGAGGAAAAGCUUCAGCAUGUGGGCCAUUUCACUGCUAUCAUCCUGCAGUCUAUGGCCCACAUAGCAGCAGGAUCAAAACCCCAGAGGUUUAUGCAAGCUCUUGAUGAGGCCAUUUCAGUUCUGAGCCUUCAGCUGUUCAAUCUUUCUCUCAAAUGGAGCACAGCAGAGUCAAAUUUCGAUGCAUUAGAUGGGCAGCAUGGCACUUUAGUUGAACAAUUUCUCAACAUUAGAGUUCCUUCUGAAGCUCGCUUUACUGAGCAGCUGUUAGCUAGCAGACUCAAGAACUAUAAAUAUUUCCAGCUGGAGCAGGUUAUAUCCAACCUCAAACAAAGUUCAACUCCAGACACUGAGACAGGUUUACCAGCGAAAGGGACACCAGUGCAGAUGUUUUGUGUAGAGGAGGAAAUUGACCGCAUGAGUGAGUCUUUCUUGCAGCUAAGCAUGCAACUACAGAGGAGAGCUCAGAUGAGCACAUGGCAAAAAGAGCGAGAGAACAGUGCUGGAAACCAAGUGAAUGCAUCAUCAACUAGCCUACCAGGCCUAAGUCGCAAUGGAACAGUCCUGCUGGAACUGAAGAGAUGCUAUGUAUCACAGCGCCUCAACGAGCUGCAAGUCACAUUAGGCCAAUUGAGACGGUGCCAGCAGAAUGAUAAGUUGAAAGAUGGGCCAGGAGGUUGUACACAAAGUGAAAGCUACACUGCUCAGCGGGGGGAAAGGGAGCAAUAUCCUGUUGGAAAUGGCUGCAGUCCCACUGACGGCCAGGGGUGUUACAUUAUUUCAGCUAGUCAGAGUCACAGCCAGCGCAGUGCAGAGAGCAAAGGUCUUGGUAGCUAUAAACUGGAGAGUCAUAUUUCUGAGCAGCAAAGAAGUUGCACUCUCCAGAACAGCAAUCCUGACACUUCACUGGACUGCCAGGUGCUAGGGAGCCAUGAGCAGCUGCACCUCAAUGUCCCAGGAAAGUUGAAGCCUAACAGUCAAAUCACAAUAGAAAAUACAACAGGACACACAGAUAUUGAUGACACAUGGGUGGCUACUGAUCAUAAAGUGGAUCUGAAUAUGGAUAAAUGCUGAAAAAUGCAUUUCCAGGUGCUGAUAUAAUUUUCCCUGUGUCCUCUGUCAUGUUUAGUCUAAAAUAGUUUUGAGGUUAUUUCUUUACUAUAUAAUAUUCUGUAUUGUUUGAUGGAGAAGGAUCAGAAUGACUGCUAUGAUAACCGGCUUUAAAACAAUUUAGCUGCCCUCUUUUAAUUAUCAAUGAUGCCAUAAAGAAAUUAUUCCUGGCAGCAAGCGGUGGGGUGAUACAAUCUGUCAUCUUGUCCAAAUAGUUUCUCAGUCAGGUUUAACACCAGUCCCUAAGAAAGCUCUGUUCAUUACCAUAUUGUAAUUAAGAUAAUCAACUUCAGCUGAGAGAACACAAGGUGACUCUUGUGUUUUCCAUGUUGCUCCCUGAUCAAGCACCUUCUUCCUUUUAUAGAGGCGGCAACCUGCAUGUAUUUCUUUAUAAUUCAUAUAAAACUCUACAUUUUCUACUUUUUUUUCAAAGAUUUGUUCUCUAAAUUAUUUUAAUUUUCCUAUAGUUUCUCUGUAACCAACAGAUGUGAAACAAAAACGUCUUACUCAAGUUGAAAGGCAGUCAGAGGAGAAGUCUGCUGCCUGAUGCCUUCUUCUGGUUCAGUUGUUUAUCUGACAUAUGGGGUUCUGGGUCUUAUAAUAGAAAGUCAGUAUUCCUGCAGGGAGCUGUGAGCCAAAUCAGAAGGUCAGAUGGAGCAAGACUUCACUUACUAUCAGUGUUAGCUUAGAGCUCCAUGCCAGCUCCCUCAAGCUGAAUACAGCAUUGCCCUGUAGCUGUAUGUGUUUGUGUACGUUUCUGUGUAUGUGGGGUGUUGUAGAGUGACUCCCUGAGAUAAUAUGCAUUAUCAGUUAGAUUAGCUGCUUUGCCACUGAUCUGGCCUGUGUGCCUCUCAGGACAAGGUGUCAUGUAACGCCAACUGCUGAGCUGCACUGUGUGUAAAUCUGUGUGUGAUGAUUUGCAGUUGCAUUAUUUUUGCUCUAGUUGUUUAGAUCAACACAUGGGUUAUUUUAAGAGGGGUGGGUCUAAGUGAUGUUUGUAUAUGUAUAUAGCAUUAGGUUUAUCUAAUGCUUUGGAGGCUAUUUUCCAAGCUGCAU